UAUUGUGUCAUUUCACAUAUGGUGAGGACAUCAAAUCAAAAAUAUAUUUGUGUGACUUGAAUAUGGCAAUAUUUGUGGAGAGAAAUUUGUUUCUACAUUUCUGCCUCUUUCUGCUAUUUGUAACUUCAAUUGAAGCAUCAGAUCCAUUUAAUAGCAGUUGUUUUCCACCAGAUUUCAUAUUUGGAACUGGUUCUUCUGCUUAUCAGUAUGAAGGAGCAAGUAAUGGAGAUGGUAAAGGCCCUAGUAUUUGGGAUUCCUUUACCCACAAACAUUCAGAUAGAAUAAUUGACGGUAGCAAUGGUGAUGUAGCCAUUGAAUUUUACCAUCGUUAUAAGGGAGACAUAAAGUUAAUGAAAUCCCAAGGGUUUAAUAGCUUCAAAUUUUCUAUAUCGUGGUCAAGAAUAUUACCAUAUGGGAAGUUAAGCAAAGGAGUAAACAUAGAGGGAAUUGCAUUCUACAAUAAUCUCAUUAAUGAGCUCUUAGCAAAUGGGAUACAACCUCUUGUCUCAAUUUUCCAUUGGGAUUUGCCUCAAGCCCUUGAACAAGAGUAUCAAGGAUUUUUAAGUCCACAAAUUGUGGAUGACUUUGGAGAUUAUGCAGAAUUAUGCUUCAAAGAAUUUGGAGAUAGAAUUAAAGAUUGGAUCACAAUUAAUGAACCAUAUUCAUAUGCGUUAUUUGGGUAUGUAACGGGGUCGUAUGCCCCAGGCAGAUGUAGUGCAUUUACAAACAAUAAUAUGUGUGGUGUUGGAAACGCAGCAACUGAGCCUUACAUAGUUGGUCACCACAUGCUUUUAGCUCAUGCAAAGGCGGUUACUUUGUAUAGGGACAAAUACAAGGCUUCACUAAAAGGCAAGAUAGGAAUAUCGUUGAUAAGCGAUUGGUUUGUGCCAAACUCUACAAACAAGGAAGAUAUAUAUUCUGUUGAACGGGCUCUUGACUUCAUGUUCGGAUGGUUUAUGCAUCCAGUAACUUAUGGAGACUAUCCAGUAAGUAUGCGGGAACGUGUGAAAAAUCGAUUACCAAAAUUUACUAGUGAGGAAGCUGAGAUGGUGAAGAAUUCCUAUGAUUUCUUGGGGUUAAAUUACUACACUUCAUUGUAUGCAGCCAAUAUUAUUUACCCUGACACUGUCAAUAUUACCUACAUCGAAGAUUAUCAAGUAUACCAAACAGGUAUAAAAAAUGGAAUACCCAUCGGCAAACGGACAGGAUCGAAAGAUGAUUUCGUCGUCCCAGAAGGACUUUUGGAAUUGCUAGUUUAUACAAAGGAGAAAUACAAGAAUCCAAUUAUUUACAUAACCGAAAAUGGAAUGAGUGAUGCCAAUGUAACAAUAGUAGAAGGAGUAAAUGACUUGCAAAGAACAGAUUUUAUUCGUCAACAUCUAUUGGCUAUCAAGGAUGCCAUUCAGGAUGGUGUAAAUGUAAAAGGUUACUUCAUAUGGUCAUUCUUGGAUAAUUUUGAGUGGAGUUCAGGCUAUACACAAAGAUAUGGAAUUAAUUAUGUUGAUUAUAAUGAUAAUUUAAAGAGAUACCCCAAACGUUCUGCUCGUUGGCUUAAAAAAUUCCUUUCUAGUAGAGACAUUGUUUCCAGAUCUGAUUGUUAACACGGUUGAUUAGAGGCAAUAAAAUGUAUUCUCAUUUUAAAACAUAGCUUUAUUUUUGCAUAAUCUCACACAUUAUGUAAGUCACGAGGGUUACGUUGGUCUUAAAAUAAGGUGCUAGUCUUAUACAACAAUUCUCUACAACUUGAUUUGAUAAAUGUUUGUAAAUAUUCUUUGGGUGAAAAUCAUUAUCACCCCCUCAA